AUGGGGUUUCUUAACUCAGCUUUGCCCAAGAAAUUUUUGGGAAUCUUCCCGCUUUAUAUUGGAGUAGAACUCAUUCUGGGCUACGCCAUAAUAAACAAAAUGAGCGGACCUUAUGGUUUACUCUCUCUGUUCACAGGCCACCCAAUAGAUUUUUUCCAAGCCAUGUUUUAUAUUUCAUCUGUUAUUGUUCUACCUCUUUAUUUCCAUGGGUUCAAGGAGUUGUUUUCUCCAAGAAUAGGCAUGUUUUCAUUAGUCACAACAAUCUACGUAUUGGAUACGUUCUUAGGACUGUUAUCCAAUUUGUACUUUGCUCUGCAGUGGUUUACUUACGGAGGUGAGGAUACUACUAUAAAUAAACCAUCGUUUGGAGAAUCCGCAACUACUGCAAGCGAAAGUAUUGCAUCUGCUGCAACAUCAACCCUCUCGUUCUCCUCAUUUACUGCCUCCCCAACUCCAGACUUUAACCCAUUGGACAGCACAGUACCUCAACCAUACAAAAGAGAGAUGGAUGAAAACGUCCAGUCGGCUUCUCAAGCUCGCGAGCUAUUCGUCAUAAUUGCAUCCAGUGUCCUCUUGAAUGGUGUCAGGAUUUACUUUACUUUGAUAUUGUUGGCUUUUACGAAGAUACUUAUCAGGAUGGGAAAAAAUGAGGGAAUUCAAAGUAACGAUUUUAAUGACUUGAAUUACAUGCAAGGUGAAACCAAAUUUGGAAGGGUUUUGUACUUUUUGAAGGUAAAAUGUUUGAGAAUACUUCAAACAGUCUACAAUUAUUGA